AUGAAAGCGCACUAUACGAUGAGGCGCACUAUAGGGCGUGAAACAGGGUAUAGCACUCGUAAUCAUGACUACUGGCGCUCGAGAGGUGUUCCCGGCCCUAAACCGCAGCCAUUCCUCGGGAACCUCUUAGAGGUGUUCCGAAAGCCAUUGUCUGAUAUUGAAGAGCAACGGUUCAGAGACUAUGGACGAGUGCACGGUUUCUACGACUUCAAUGAACCGGUACUUACUGUCGGGGAACCGGAGCUAAUCAAACAGAUUCUGGUGAAAGACUUCCAGUCGUUCCACAAUCGCCGCCAACUGAGGGUCAGCUCCAAGUACUAC